UAGGUUGCGCAUAUCUUGCUAGUUUGCACUGAAAAUUUUGACCCUAGUUUGCGCUGUUUUUGGAGUGCUAGGUUCCGCUCAACAUCAAUUUUGGAGUGCUAGUUUCCAGGUAGCGAUUCAGAUUUUCCAUGGGUAGUUCGUCGCGCUCAACAUCGAGAUCACGCUCAUAUCCUGAAAUGCAGAAAAUAUGUGGCCAUGGCAUCCCUGCUCUUUUUCAAACUUCACACACCGAGAAAAGCCCAGAGCAUAGAUUCUAUGUUUGUCGUCAUGAAUAUUCGGAUGAUUGUGGACUAUGGCAAUGGAUUGAUCCGGAGCUUACGUCGUAUUACAAGCUCCGAUUUAAGAAGUUGAAGCUUGAAAGGGACAAUGCUGUGAAGCAUCUACGAAACAGAUUAUUGGUGGAUGAAAGCAACAUGAUGAAAUUUGAAGAUACAGACUUCAAGAGUUUGGCCAAAGAACUUGAUAAUGAACUCAAGAAAAUGGCGUGGAGAAUUAAGUUUAUAUGCAUUGCAUUUGGUUUUUUUUGUAUUUGUGUUUUUUGUGUUGGCAUGUAUGUUUAG